UUUUUGAUCUGUUCAGAUUGUGUCAGUAGUAUUAAAACGGUCGGUGGGCAUUCAGCAAAUUUUCCGCUUAACUUGAGUGAAAUUUUCUGUUGAUUCCAUUGUGUUUUAGCCAAAAGUGAAAGUGUAGUUGUAGAUACAGAAAAAUAAAAAAAUAAAAAAAAAUGGCUGAACAAAAGAAGGCUCCACUCCUCAAGAAAGAGGAAGACUACGUGAAAGCGCUGGAUGGUUUCUUCACAAAAGAGGAUCAGGUUGCGUUGCUGCUCGACUACGAUGGCACCUUGGCUCCCCUAAGCGAAGAACUCUCGGCCAUGCCAAAGGAUACUGAGAUCAAUAUCAAAAAAUUGGCCGCCAACGACAAAGUUUUCAUGGUUGUCUUUUCUGGUCGCGACCUGAGCGAAAUUAAGAACCACUUGAAAUUCCCCAAUGUGACCUAUGCUGGUAACCAUGGUCUCGAAGUAGAGUACCCAUCGGGCAAGAAAUUCAAGAUUGAAAUGCCAGAAGAGCUUUUGAAGAAACAUCAAGAAUUGGUGACCGAGCUGAAAGAAAAGGUGGUUUUGCAUGGCGCUUGGGUUGAAGACAAGAAAAUCUCUGUGACCUAUCACUACAAAGGUGUCAAUGACAAAUUGAAGGCCAAAUUGAUCGAAACCGCGAAGGGUCUGAUUCAAGGACAUGGCUUCCAGCUGAUCGAAACACCAUACGCUUUGGAGGGCAAACCACGCGUCAACUGGGACAAAGGUGAGGGUGCCAAAAUGAUUUUGGAGAAACACUUCGAUGCCGAUUGGGCCAAGAAGCUGAAGAUCGUCUAUGUUGGUGACGACACCACAGAUGAGGAUGCCAUCAAAGUUCUGCACGGUUUGGGUAAAACCUUCCGCGUCUCCGAGCUGCCAACACUGAAGACAUAUGCCAAUUAUCAAAUCAAGACCGUCGAAGAAGUUGGCUGGUUGCUGAAAGCCAUUCAAUCCGUUUAUGAAGUCAAGAAGAAGUAAAAAGUUUGAGUGGGGAAAAUGAAAAUUCCAAGAGCAAACAAAUUAUUA